AUGCUGGCAGCAUGUGUCCCUCUUUAUACAGCAGCUAUACAACUGCUGCCUCCGGCUCUGCCACUUCCCACGAGCCUGGAAACUGGCAGAGGUGGCAAUGAUACCCAAGGUGGGCGACUGGCCUACACGGCACUCAUUCACGGCAUAGUCAGCCCACAGCAUGGGGGGGCGCUGCCCAGACGAUCUGCAAUGGACCUGGUAGCUGCUUUCACUCAUGAGGUGGAGGCAGCCUUCGCACAAAACAAAGAAGUGUCCAUGGUCACAAUGGAUGUGCAGGGUGCCUUUGAUGCUGUGCUGCGCAGGCGGCUGCUUCAGCGGAUGGCGCAACAGGGGUGGCCACGCGAGCUGCAGCAGCUCAUUGACAGUUUCCUCACUGAACGCAGAGCUCAGGUCCGGCUGGAGGGGACCACCACAGCAGCACAUCAGAUGCAAUGUGGCACGCCACAGGGGUCUCCUUUGUCACCAAUACUGUUCCUUCUGUACCUGGCAGAGCUGCAGUGGCAAAACUCGGAGUUGCGCUUUGGCUAUGCGGAUGAUCUGAACAUCUGGCGGGCGACCCACUCACUUGACAACAAUGCCACCCUUCUCAGACAGGAUAUACAGAGUAUUCUGAGGUGGGGGGAGAUAAACAAGGUGGCCUUCGCACCAGAGAAACUUGAGAUGAUCCAUCUUACAAGAAAGCGACACAAUGAGGCACCAGCAGUAGUUGUGUCUGAGGACCUCACUGUUCACCCUGUUACUGCCCCAGCUGGACAGGAGCCAGCACUUCGCUGGCUGGGUGUACACUUCGACAGAAGGCUCACCUGGAGACCACAUGUCUCCACCCGGGCAAAGAAGGCAAGGGCCGUAGCCCAGCACAUCCGGAGUCUGGGAAAGACCAGAGACGGGCCCCCAGCAGACGCUCUGCGGAAGGCGGUCACCACCUGCGUGGUUCCCUCACUGCUCUAUGGCACAGAGGCCUGGUACGGCGGCCGCACGCAGCCAGCAAGGCACACGGGCAGGAGUGGGGAGAGGGGUCCUCCCAGUUUUCCGUACAACGCCCAUCGCUACCCUAUACCGGGAUGCUGGGCUCCCAUCAGCAAUGGUAGCUCUGGAGGAGGCCAAAAUUCGAUUCGCGACAAGGCUUCAGGUGGUGGAUGA